GGUUUUCUCGUAGUCCCCAUUUUACCCUUCCAUUAUCGUCAUCUCUAACUUCCACUAGAUCUUCUACAGUUAUUUACUGUGAUCAGAAAGAUGAUCAGUUGGGGCGAUCUUUACACCGUUUUAACGGCGGUGAUUCCACUAUACGUAGCUAUGAUCUUAGCUUACGGUUCCGUUCGUUGGUGGAAGAUUUUCUCACCCGCCCAGUGUUCGGGAAUCAAUCGAUUUGUUGCUAUAUUCGCCGUUCCUCUCUUGUCUUUCCAUUUCAUUUCAACCAACGACCCUUACGCCAUGAACUUCAAGUUCGUAGCGGCCGAUACUCUUCAGAAACUCAUCAUGCUGUUCGUGCUCGCCUUGUGGGCUAAUUUCACUAAAAAUGGAAGCCUCGAAUGGAUGAUUACCAUUUUCUCGCUAUCCACUCUUCCCAACACUCUGGUCAUGGGAAUUCCACUCUUGAUCGCCAUGUACGGGAAGUACUCGGGGAUGUUAAUGGUUCAAGUCGUGGUGCUCCAGUGUAUUAUUUGGUACACUCUGCUUCUUUUCCUCUUCGAGUAUCGUGGUGCUAAAUUACUCAUCAUGGAGCAGUUCCCGGAAACCGCGGGCUCCAUUGUUUCCUUUAAAGUCGAUUCCGAUGUGGUUUCGCUAGACGGACGUGAUUUCCUCGAAACCGACGCUGAAAUCGGCGAAGACGGGAAGCUGCACAUUGUGGUGAGGAAAUCCAAUGCGUCAAGGAGGUCGUUGGGGCCUUGCUCGCUUCCGGCAUUGACACCGAGGCCAUCGAAUCUCACCGGUGCCGAGAUAUACAGCUUGAGCUCGUCGCGGAAUCCGACUCCGAGAGGCUCGAAUUUCAACAACUCCGACUUUUAUUCAAUGAUGGGAUUUCCUGGAAGACAAUCUAAUUUCGGUUCAGCUGAUUUGUACUCGGUUCAAUCAUCGAGAGGACCAACUCCAAGACCGUCGAAUUUUGAAGAGAAUUGUACGGUCGUCUCUCCACGAAUCGGGUUUUAUCCAGCACAUUCGGCGCCUUCAUCGUACCCUGCUCCGAAUCCUGAAUUUUCGUCCCUCACGAAGAACACAAGUAAAAAUAGCCAGUCCCAGCUGCAGCAGGAGAAUAAUAAAGUGAAUCAUGAUGCAAAGGAACUGCACAUGUUUGUGUGGAGUUCCAGUGCUUUGCCGGUAUCGGAAGGCGAUGGAUUGCACGUCUUUGGUGGGACGGAGUCCGAGCAAUCUGGACGGUCUGAUCAUGGUGCUAAAGAGAUCAGGAUGUUGGUUUCCGAUCACCCUCAAAACGGGGAAAACAAAGCUAUGACAUGCAGUGGUGACUUCAAUGGAGAGAACUUUAACUUCUCUGGAAGAAGAGAUGGGGAAGGUGAGAGAGAUAAAGAAGGGCCGAACCAAGUCAAUAAGUUGAUGUCCAAUUCAACAGCGGUGCUCCACCCUAAGGCCGCCACUGGAGCACCUUCUGGUGUUGGCAAACAAAUGCCUCCGGCCAGUGUAAUGACCCGAUUGAUCUUGAUCAUGGUUUGGCGCAAGCUUAUCCGAAACCCCAACACGUAUUCCAGCAUCAUUGGACUGGUUUGGUCCCUUGUUGCUUUCAGGUGGCAUGUGAAUAUGCCGAAAAUAUUAGAGAAAUCUAUCUCCAUCUUGUCAGAUGCCGGACUAGGAAUGGCCAUGUUUAGUUUAGGUCUGUUUAUGGCUCUGCAACCAAAGUUGAUCGCUUGUGGAAACUCAGUAGCUACCUUUGCCAUGGCAGUUAGGUUCUUGACCGGCCCGGCCGUCAUGGCUGCUGCUUCGAUCGCAGUAGGGUUGCGUGGCACCCUCCUCCGCAUCGCCAUUGUUCAGGCUGCUUUGCCACAAGGAAUUGUACCCUUUGUGUUCGCCAAGGAGUACAAUGUUCACCCUGCAAUUCUUAGCACUGCGGUCAUCUUUGGGAUGUUGAUAGCAUUACCAAUUACACUGGUGUACUACAUUCUUCUAGGAUUAUGACGGUUUUCUUCUUCUUCUUUGUCCUAUAGUAACGGGCUGAUUUGGAAUCAAGCAUUGAUCCAAAACCGGAUUACAUCAUGAGGAUUUUCCGGGGAAAAAGAAGAAGAUUUCAUUACAAAACAAUUUGCCAAAGGGCUCCAGUAUAUUUGUAGGUGAAUGUCCCCCCCCCCCUUAAUAUAAGGAUCAAUGCCCCUAAUAUAAGGAGACAAUGAAGAGGAAAACGAACAAGUUGUCUUGUAUUUUCAAACGGGCAAAGGGAAAUGAAGUAGCAAAAAAAAGGGUUUUCUUUUCCUUUUUGGUUGAUUAAUGGUAUUAUAGUCUUUAAUUUGUUGUUGUCCUUAGAGGCUGCAAUUAUUUACGCUUGUCGUCUU